UGGGUUUCGAGCUGAAUAAAAGUCGCGGCAAUGGUAAGAAUCGUCUGAACUCCUCACAGAGAACGUUCUGCGCCAGUUUGUUGUUUCUCUUAGUUUGAUCGAAGUCUCCGACAACUGCCGUCUGCACACACAUUCCUCUCGCUGUUCUCAUAGUUGUUGGAACUUUUUCAACACAGCUUUCAGUCCAGUGAAGCCUGUCAAAAUGCCAUUUAUUGAGCACACAUCAUACAGGGACUUGGAGCGGCUGGCUCUGGAGCGGCUCGUCCCGGCCCUACUCUCCCACGGCUUCUGCUACGUGGACGGACUCCUCGGGGAGCUGGCCGGAAGUGCCGUGCUGGACCAGGUGACGGAGAUGCACCGGUCCGGACAGCUGCAGGACGGCCGGCUGGCCGGCUCUAUCCCGGGUGUCAGCCAGAGGAGCAUCCGCGGGGAUAAGAUCGCCUGGGUGAGCGGCGUGGAGCGCGGCUGCGAAGCGAUCAGCUUCCUGCUCAAUCUGAUCGACCGGCUCAUCUCCGUGUGCGCCAGCCGCCUGGGAGACAUGGCGAUCCGGGAGAGGUCUAAGGCCAUGGUAGCAUGCUACCCAGGAAAUGGGGCAGGUUAUGUGAAGCAUGUGGACAACCCAAACCAUGACGGACGUCGUCUUACCUGCAUCUACUACCUCAACAAGAACUGGAACCCCAAGGAGCAUGGCGGUGUCCUAAGGAUCUUUCCAGAAGGAAGACCCUACAUGGCUGACAUCAAGCCAUUGUUCGACCGGCUGCUGGUCUUCUGGUCUGACCGCAGGAAUCCACACGAGGUGCAGCCCUCCUACGCCACCAGGUACGCCAUCACAGUUUGGUAUUUUGACUCUGAGGAGCGAGCCCAGGCCAAGAAGCGCUUCAAAGACCUAACAGCUUCCACAGGGCAGCAGGGUAACAGCUCUAGCUGAUGAGGAAACACUGCCAUCUAGUGUCUGUGUUUGGAGCAGCAGACUUUCACUGAGACAGCGGGAACAACACAGUGGAGGAAACAUAGGAAGUCGAAUUGUUUCCUGGGCUCAGGAGGCACAUAGAGGCCCUGUAGUCUCCUGUUGUCCUAAAUGGCAGAGCUGCCUGGAAUGCAGCUGAACACCACAGGAGCUGUUCUGGACUUGUUCUGUGUUUUGAAAUGCUCUGCAACCUCCUACUGAGUGCCCAGCUGAGACCCAAGCCCUCAGCUCACAGCUUCUGACUGAAAGAGUUGGCAGAAAGCCUCAGGAGUUUCAAUGGACAUGAAUCGUUUGGACUUUAUGUGACAAAUGAUGCAUAACUUGUUUUUCCACCAGUCUUAAGAAGGUGGCACUGGCACACAUACAUGUUGCCUGUUUACAAAUGGAGAAGACAACCAUUACUUCCUUGUAUGUAAUGUUUGAGUAUACGCUAACCAAUAAAAUAAAAUGUUUUAAAAUAUC